UACCAUGGAAACAUCAACAUGGCUGCACCGAGCGAAGUGACAGCUCUUCUGAAACGAGGAAAACGUAGCCUGGCCAGUCUGUUUAAAGGAGAAUGGUCGCGGCGAAAUGGUUCUCCGAAAGCGUUCAAAGAAUUUCUUGACUAUUUAUUUGAUCCUAGACGGAAGUCAAUCGAAGACGUCGACACGAUUGAUUGGUGUCGCUGGAUCAUCGCAGGAGGAGCAACAUUUGAUGAGUUUUCAGCAGCAGUGAAACAAUAUGACAAUGCUGUGACAUGUGGCCUGGUGUGGACAAAGAAUUAUGUAGCAUAUCGCUGCAGAACCUGUGGAAUUUCACCCUGCAUGUCCCUUUGCUAUGAGUGUUUUCAUUCAGGGAACCAUGAAGGUCAUGAUUUUAAUAUGUUUCGGAGCCAGGCAGGUGGUGCCUGUGACUGUGGGGAUGUCAGCGUUCUCAACAAAUCGGGAUUCUGUUCCCGCCAUGGUCCGGACAGGAAGAACCUGAAUGUCACGCCUCCCCCAGACCUUCUCGCUAUUGCCGAGGCCCUGAUGCCAAGAAUUAUUCUUAGACUUAUUCAUCAUUUUCGAGACAACUGUAAACCAAUGGCAUAUCGAGACACGUUCAGCCUGGCAAUGAAUGAUGCCGAGCACUUCCUGUCUUUUCUGCACAGCCUCAGUGACAUGGGUGCAGCCAUGCGGAAAGUAAUAGGACUGGCUUUGACGAACACUACUGUGUACAAGUAUCUAACAGAAGUGGAGGAGCUUCCCGAUUAUUCCAACAGCUAUUUCGUGGAAAGUCAGAAGAAUUACCUAACAGAGUUGAAGAGUCUUCAAGUUCCCAAGGGAUUCGAGGACUUUGAUAAUCUCCCUGGCCUGUCUCAGACACUGCAUCACAACUGUUUGCUGGAUGAACUUGUGUUUUGGAUGGUCAAGUAUGAGUUUCCAGAAAAGUUGGUCACUUUGCUGUUAAGUCUGCUGCCAGAUGACCACUACAAGGAAUCCUUCACAAAGGCCUUUGUGAAGCACUACAGUAGGAUCUCGUUGGUACUGGUGAAAGGUCUGAAGAGGACGGAGAUCGGGAACCGUGUUGUCCACAUCAGCGUCCAGCUGUUCAGUAAUGAGGGCCUAGCCUGUCAGAUGGUGCAGGAGUACAACCUGCUAUACACGCUCAUUAUUAGUCUGACACACAUGAUCGAGAACACUCUCCUGGAAAGUUCACUAGAGGACUUCCGACUGAAUUUCCAUAUGGUGGUGGACUGCACCAAUGACAUCAUGAAGGAGCACAUUUACUGGCCGAUCGUCAGUGAUUUCAUUAAUCUCCUGGCUCAUAAGAAGGUGGCCCAUAAAUUCCUGUCGGACAGUCGACUGGUGGUGAUGUGGCUGGACCUGCUGUCCUACUUCCAGGGAAUGAAUCUGAAUCACCGAGAACUCAGUCAGCACGUAGAGUUUGAGUCGGAGACUUACUAUGCUGCUUUUUCUGCAGAACUGGAAAUUGCUUCAGCUCCUAUGUGGUCCCUUAUAUCUCAUUGUAAAACUGCAGACAGUAGAGAACAGGUUCUAAACAUGAUCAAGGUGUGUGUGGAUGCUCUCCAAGACUGGUUUGAUGCCAUCAACUGUAAAGAGUCUACAAAGCCCAACCCAUUCCAGCUGACCUUUCACCUACCUCUCCACCGUUACUUAGCAACAUUCAUCGAGACUGGCAUUUCACAUCAUAAUAUGACCUUUGAUGACCUCCCAUUAACUGAGAAAUUGUUGAAGAUGACGUUCACCCAUCUCUUACAGAUUCAGGUGUGUCUGGCAGAGAUAUACAGCUCUAUGUGGGUCAGAAAUGGAAUUCAGAUCAAAGGUCAAGCCAUGACCUACAUUCAGUGCCACUUUUGCUAUUCCAUGGGGGAUGCUGACUUAUAUCUCAUGCAGCUGUGUGCCUGUAGAUUUGAUCCAGACUACUUUGUAAAGACAGUGAUGGAGAGAUUUCACAUAGAGAACUGGUUGACAUUUGGGUCUACUCCAGUCAACACCAGUUUUAAGCUGGAGGCGGAGCAGCAGUUAGCCAUGGUAGAUGCUGUGCUCCAGUUCUUCACUACGCUGCUGGGAGUCAGGACUUACCUCGGUAUUGGUGAAAAGGAGCUAACUCAUCUAGAGAUGGCCACCAUUCUGUGUUUUGGGGACAAGCCUCACAGUCAGAUAAUGGACUCCAUGCCCGAGAGGUCAGGCAUUACUGGACAGAAGGAGCUUUUUGAGCCGACACUAGCUGAGAUUGCUGAUUACAAGGCACCAAAUUUAGAGUCCAGUGGAGGUCUUCAGCAAGGAACAUACACACCAAAAGGCUUUGUGUGGGAAAAAGAAUUUGAUCCAAUCCAUGUCGGCCUGAGAGCUCUGUACAAGAAAGACAUACAGACGGCAUUAGACAGAUACACCGAGCACAUUAGACAGUCGGGAAAAUACAAGUCAAAGACUCCACCCUGGCCCCCGUUCCGAUCCCCCGGGAAAAUUUCCACCGCCUACAAAGAUCUGCUCCGCCUUCUUCACUGUAAAACCAUGCAUGCAUUCCUCUUCACGGUUCUCUACAGGUUUCUGAAGGAGACUAACAUCCCAGACAGUAUUUUGUACAAUGCUGUACACCUGCUGGACCUGGCGUUGACCCUGCCCUCUCCUGAUACCUGCAGAAAGUUUAAGAAUUCGUUCUGUGGGAGUGUUACAGACGUGGAUUUUCAGGACUGGUUCUGCGGCACCAGUAUUCAUCAAAACAUCCGAGAGGUGGUGAAGGAAGUGUUGAUUCCGGUCCUUGUCGAGAACUUCCUCCCAACUUCGUUGUCAAGUCUGGAGGAGAUGUUCCAAAUGGCUCCUAGUGCCAUGAUGAAUACCGCAGGCCCAAUCACAGCUGCUCACUCUGGUGCUGUCCCCACCGGUCUGGUUCCCGUCCCCGUGUCUGGUCACUGUCAUCUUGUAACACAGAAGGCUCACCAGUCCACUGCUAAAUCUGAUUCCGUGCCAAAAUAUGAAAAUCGAGGUGUGUCCACUGAGCAUGCUCAGAAACUUUGUGUUCCGAUCAAUGAAUGUAUGAUUAGCAUGUUGAUGAAAAUUCAUGCGAAACUGACUGGACGCUCAUGUUCAUACGUUCCCUUGUCGCAGUCUCAGAGACAAGUGUCCGACUCUGUGAUUGGUGAUGGACCGUUCUUUGUGUGUAAAUUGCUCGAUAAAAUGUCUCGAAGCAGCACAGAUUGUGCACGUGCCAUAGAGGAAGUGUACACGUCUCUCAUGCCGAAAGGGGCGUCUGGAGUGGGGAAGAAGAGAGACACCGCCAAAGAUGAAGAAAGGAGACGAAAGGCUAGGGAGAGACAGCAGAAACUGAUGAACAAGUUUGCUUCGAAACAAAAAGCUUUCAUGGAGCAAAAUCUCCAUACCAUGUCAGAUGAUGAGAAUGAUGCCACAAGUGACACGUCUUUCACGGAGAUACCGUCAGAAACGAAUGCUGGUCCACGAGUUGAAGAGUAUGAUUGUGUCAUCUGUGGAACCACUUCUCCAUCUACUGCUGAGAAAACAGUGGGGCUUGUGGUGCUUUUACAGCCCAGCAGUGUGCUGGGACACAGACUACAGGAGAAUGAUGUGAUCAGCCUGCCCCUGAAGAAGGAUCAGAAGCUGUAUCCUCACGUCUCCUGUGCCUCAGUCCAGAAACAGCAACUCAAAACCAUGUUUGAACACUUUCAGGAGAGUUCCUGUCAGGUGUCGGUCAACAUUGGCUGGGAAGGUGGGGUGGUUGUACAGACUUGUGGUCACUAUUUACACCUGGACUGUCACAGCUCCUACCUGUUGUCCCUCCGGACGCAGGAGAUGACUGGGAACCUUGCAGUCAAUAAAGGAGAAUACUGGUGCCCUCUGUGUCGGCAGUUGGCUAACUCGGUAAUUCCCAUCCCACCGGAGGAAGACCAGUAUACCGUGCGGAGGCCCUUGUCUCAUGAUCCGGAUCAUCUGAUUAAAGAUAUAGCUGAUAUGAUGGUCUCAAGGCCCAUAACUCCAAGAUCCCCCAACUUAACGAAGGUGAUGGGCAGCGUGAUGGAGGAUCUUACUAAUGCCACGUACGGCAAAUUUAAAACCUACACGAGUUCCCAGACCUCCGAGAGCGUGCUCCUGUUUGUCUGUUCUGUCGCCAGAACAAACCUUGAAAUGGAGCUGGUCAACAGGGGGUACGUUCUAACGGAAUCCACCUCUCAAUCCGGAAAACGCUGUUUGUUGCCAUUGUACCAUGUCCUCAGCAUGCACAGUAAGAUACUGACCACCAAACCCUACACCGAUCUCUGGUCGCACAUGACUGGCUUAAGCUGCUGCUCAGAACAGACUGACAGUGUGUCCGUGUACCACAAAGAAGUCCCCUUAUUAUUAAAGGACCCUGUGUCUCUGUUUGUUCAGAUCUUACUAACGCUGCCAUCCACAAUGCAAAUAGAGCACUUUGAGUGUGUGCUGAGAGUCCUAUACAAUGUAGUAUUUAUCAAAGCCAUUGCCGCUACCAGCUGUACGUUUACAUCAGAGGAGAGGGAAGCCUGGAGGAAAAAGGGAAGACACUCCCAGCUGACGACAUUGGAGGGGAUGAUGAGUCAUGUGAUCACCCGGCUGCAGCUGAGUCGAGUUUAUGACGACAUUGAUAUGGACAAAGACAUACCAGCGAUCUGCCAGAGUGUGUGGUCCCCCCAGAGUGUGGACAUGGCUGUUCAGGAAGUGUUUCUACCGUUCCUCCGUGUGGCCGCCCUGCUCAAGUAUCACCUUUUUAAUGUGGAGUUUCCAAAGCAAAUGUUGUCAGAUUGUGAGUUUUUGCACCUGUGUGAGUAUCUGAGGAUCCAAGGUACCCGCCCCUCUCCAAGCGAUGGCCAGAGCACGUGUUCAUCCCGUGUGCGAUGGACAAUUGAGGAACCUCUCAAUCUGACGCGAGCCUGGUGCACAGACUUAGCCAAUGUGGCCAAUCAGGAGCCUGUGGAUUUCAAGACACUCCUGUUGGCAAACAACAGCUGGAGCACGCCGUGGUUGAUUGACCUGCCUCAUCAAUACUACCUGAUCUUCCAGGCGUACAGCCAGAAGCCCUGUGUCAUCUGUGGGGAGGUGCCAAAUGACCCUGCGAUUUGUCUCGUGUGUGGUCACUACACCUGCUUCAGACAGAGCUGUUGUACUCAGCAGGGGGUCUCUGAAUGUGUCCAUCAUUCCAUUCAGUGUGGAGCAGGCACUGCCAUGUUCCUGUUGAUUAACUCAACCAUUGUGGUGGUCAUUCGUGGUCCGAGGGCAACACUCUGGGGGUCUGUGUAUCUCGAUGAUCAUGGCGAGGAGGACCGCGACCUUAAGAGAGGGAAGCCCCUGUAUUUGAGUAAGGAGCGAUACCGCCUGUUACAGCAGCAGUGGCUGACCCACAGCUUUGAUAGGAGCUGUCAGCGUUGGAUCUGGCACCAGGACAGACUCUAGCCAAUCAGAUAACUUGGCACAUGUAGCCUUGCCAAUCAGAUAACAUGGCACAUGUAGCCUAGCCAAUCAGAUAACAUGUCACAUGUGGCCUUGCCAUUCAGGAAAGUUAAGCCAUAGCUCACUGCAUGGAACUCGCCAGUCACAGUAUUUGUCUUGUCCUUCUGGUUUUUGUCGUUAAAACCAGUCGGCCAUGUUGUUUCUGUGAUCAAUCCAAGAGGAAGUUGUUUGAAAAAACCAAACACUGGAUAAAUUGAAUGCUCAACCCUGAUAGUGAUAGUAUGCUCAAUUUGAAGAUGAAGAAUUUCAUUUGUUUUGCUAUUUUUCACAAAGCUAAUUUUGAAGCUGACGGGAUUUUUUUUUUAGAAUGAUCAUGUUUCUAAAAUGCUGUAAAUCACGUUUUAUUUGCACAAACUUUAUUUACAUGUAAUUACGCGAGACUAGUCAUUUGUGAACACCUAGAUGUGGUGAAUAAACACUUCAAAAUACCAGACUUUAAAAGCAAUAAGUAAUGAUGUGGGAAAGUUAUGUCUUGUGAAUAAUUGCAUACCCGGGUACUUGCGAAAAUAAGGCCUCGCAAAAUAAAAAGUGAUCUACAAUACAUAAUAUGUUAUUAAGAUUGUUGCCUCAGAUGUCCAUCAAAUCGUGACUGAAAAUGAGCAGUGAUGUAUUUCCCAGAAAGAAAUAUUUGGAAGAUGCAGAUAUACUGUAUAAGUGGAAUUUUUAGUGAGACACAAAUUUUGAGAUUUUUCCAUAACAAUGAAUAAUAUAUACAUGUAUAUAACGAGAGCUAAUUUUAGCGACUUUAUAAUUCUAGAAAAGAUAACUAUUACCUCUGAUAUGGAAUAAAUUGUUAGCGAUGUUCAAUAUUAGCUAUCUGAUCACUCUCGCCAUUAAUGCCAAAAUUAAAUCCUCACUAACGAUUCUGCGGAAUGAUAUGGUAUCACAAAUUUUUCCUGAUGUGAAGUCUAUGUAGGUCCUUAUUCUUGGUAGUUCUUUAAUGAUAUCCUUUCCAUUCAGACAUGCUAACUCAGUAAUGUAGUGGGUGAUAUAAUUACAUGUACACGGUGAUUUCUUCAAGGGAUUUAAAAGUAUAGUUUUCAGGGACAUUAAUUUUGUUAUUUUACUAAUAAUUUGGUUUUAGUGAACAAUAUGCUAGGUAUAGAAGGUUUUUAAAAUUAUCUGAUACUAUUAUACACAAUAUAAUGCGGCAUUUUCAUGAAUAGAGCUGGGACGAUGUAAUGAUGAAAUAAGAUACUACAACAAUGGAUAUGAAUUACAGUAAUUAUGCAUAUCGACACGUUUAGUGAAAUAUAGAUUUGGACCCUACUGACUUGGUUUAUAGUACUAGCUUUUUCUGUUAGAUUUUAAGCUUGUUAAAUUAAGACAGCAAAAAUGAAACUAGUAUGUGAAGUAAUACACUUGUGUUAAAUGAUUUAGCUGACAAAAAGUAUAUUUUACGUCAUUUUAGAAAUAUUAUGAUACGUAUCGUAUCAAGGCAGCUAGCUGUAUCAUGAUAUGUAUCGUUACUAAAGAAACCUGUAUCGUCCCAGUCUUAGAAUUAUAAAUCCGGAGGUCGAGACCACACACUGUAAAUUUAUUCAAUGAGUUGUCUUUCAAUGAUACUUUUAAGGACUUUCUUUUUCAAUGCUGUAAAAUCACUAUUUUCAUAGAGACCAACAUUUAUUGUUGAGAAAAGAUAACUGGAUAUGAAGUGUAUUUAAGAUUUAUUAUAUACCCAUCAAUGUUUCGUGUUUUUGAUACUGUUGAUUUCAGAGAGUGUUAUCCGAUCUUCCGGAUCACCACACUAUGGUUUUCCGAUUCUGUCAUUUUCCUCUGAUGUCACAUUGCAUCAACGCAACGUUUUCUGUGUAAAUUAGCGCACUUCCGCUUGUGUAAAAGGUACCAACAUCACAAUACUGUAAACACUAGUGUUCAUAAAGACUUCAUUUGGUAAGUACCUGUAGUUGUGAAUUUUCAGUGGUAGUUUAUUCUCUCCAUUUUCUGGAUUGGAAUUCAUGGGUGUGUUCUUACCGUAUCAUUGAUUUUACAGCUGGAGACGUCAAAUUUGGUUAAUAUAUACAUUCUAGAGAAAAUGGAAAUUUUAUGUGGUGGAUCACAAGGGAGUGUGAGGGAUGUAAUUAGUCCACUGCAGGAGCUAAGUCCAUUUUGUGACCACCACAGGGACUUGGUCCAUUUUUUGACCUUGAGUCAAUGUUACUUUGACCCUCAGUUACAACCUAUGGCCUCUAUCUCGAUCUGAUUAAAAUCGGAUAUUUGAUCCACUCCAUUAUUAAUUUUAAUCAGAUUGCCUCUAUCUGGAAUGUGAUGCCAUAUAAAAAAAAUUUCUUGGUUUUAUGAUCUCAUUCUGAUUGAUUCUGUUCCGUGUACAUUGUUCAAAUCUUGUUGUAAACAAUGUGAUAGUGGUGGGUUUUUCACGUGUUGAUGAAAUCGGCACACAGGAUUCUCUAACUUAAAACUUUGAUAAAUGUGUUAAAUAUCAUUAAUGUAAGAUCGAGUUGUUAUCUUAUUAUGAAGGGCAUUUCAUUAAUUAGUGAAUCUCAAGCUCUGGUAGAUAUCUUGUGUCUCGUGAUUCUCUCAUGAACCAGACUUUCUCCAGUCCUUACUGUAUGAGAAUUUCAGCCUUGUAAUUAUUGUUUUCAGCCUGUGUGUAUUAUAUACAUGUAGAGACAUGCCAAUAUGAUGAAAUUUGUCACUAGAGGGAUGUAGAAUCAGCUCAUUGUAUACUGUUUGUUAAGUGUGUUGAAGGGUAAUUUUUUAAAGUAAGAUAUUUUCUCUGAUUAACCUAAAUGCAACUUUUGCAUAGAAAAGGAUACAUUGUAUGGUUUUGGGUGGGUUGGUCAGGUGGUGAAUAUUGAAAUCUCAUUUCUUGUUUGAAAUUCGCUGGUUAGAAAGUUUCUGUCAGAUUAUGAUAGUCAUUUGUUUGUGUUGCGUGACAGUGCUGGAUGAGAGUUGCAUUGCUUGUUUGUGUUGCGUGACAGUGCUGGAUGAGAGUUGCAUUGCUUGUUGAGAAAUACAUGUGCAUGUUCUUUUUGUUGUUUUGUUGCCAAGAAUUUUGUAUUGAAUAUACUGUUAAAUGGAUUACAAAAAAUGAUA